AUGGGAUAUGGAGUGCCUGGACAGCAUGGUCACGAUGCUCGCGUUCGUGUGGCAAAGGAACACAAUCGAGAAGCAGAGUAUGCUCUGGAUCUUUGGAAAUGUAGUAAAGGAGUGAAGUUUAGGAAUCGAAUAUGCUCUGGUUCGGCAUGCGGUGGCUCAUGUAGUGGUAACAGCCUUGAACUACAGAAAUGUAAUGCAUGUUGCCCAGUGAAUAGGAGAUGGACAGCGUGGACUAGCUGGACAGAAUGUACUGUGUCAUGCGGAGGUGGCACCCGAAAUCGGUCCCGACACUGUUCUGGUUCUCGGUGUGGUGGCACGUGCACAGGCAAAAAUGUUAUAACUCAAACAUGUAACAACGACGACUGCUGUCCAGUAAAUGGCACAUGGUCAGACUGGUCAGACUGGUCAGAGUGUUCUACAACAUGUGGUGCGGGCAUUCAGCACAGACAUCGAACUUGCACCAAAUCUAAAUGUGGCAAUUACUGCACUGGACCGGAAACUGAAAGAAGAGUCUGCAGCACCAUUUGCUGUCCACGCAAUGGAACGUGGACUAACUGGACAGACUGGACAGAUUGCUCUGUUAGCUGUGGACGCGGAUUCCAAAACAGAUCACGUACAUGCCGAGGUCAUUCAUGCGGUGGUUACUGUGAUGGUCUAGAUGAUGAAACUCGGGACUGUAACACUGAUUGCUGUCCAAUUAAUGGUACGUGGACUGAUUGGUCGGAUUGGUCAACGUGUCCAGUAACGUGUGGUACAGGGAUUCAAUCUAGACAUCGUAACUGCACUGAUUUUGAGUGCGGUGGCUACUGCAAUGGACCCGAAGUCGAGGCUCAACUUUGUAAUACUGACUGUUGCCCCACAGAUGGAAGUUGGACAGAAUGGGAAGAGUGGACAGACUGUUCGGUCGUUUGUGGAGGAGGAACUCGAAAUCGGUCACGAACUUGUCAUGGAUAUUCGUGUGGUGGCUAUUGUGAAGGGUUAGACUAUGAAAGUCAGUCUUGCAAUACUGAAUGCUGUCCAGUGAAUGGAACGUGGUCUGAUUGGUCUGAUUGGUCAGACUGUCCUGUGACGUGCGGAACAGGCGUUCAGUAUCGAAAUCGCAACUGCACAAAUUUCACAUGCGGUGGCUAUUGCACUGGACCAGAAACUGAAAGCCAACUUUGUAACACGAAUUGCUGUCCAGGUAAUGGGACAUGGUCAGGUUGGUCUGACUGGUCAACGUGUUCAGUCACGUGUGGUACAGGUAUUCAAUCUAGACAUCGUAACUGCACUGAGUCUGAGUGUGGCGGCUACUGCGAUGGACCCGAAUCUGAGACUCAACUUUGCAAUACUGACUGUUGCCCAGUAAAUGGAAAUUGGACAGAAUGGGAAGAGUGGACAGAUUGUUCGGUCGUUUGUGGAGGAGGGACUCAAAAUCGGUCACGAACUUGUCAUGGAUAUUCGUGUGGUGGCUAUUGUGAAGGGUUAGACUAUGAAAGUCAGUCUUGCAAUACUGAAUGCUGUCCAGUGAAUGGAACGUGGUUGGAUUGGUCGGAUUGGUCAGACUGUCCUGUGACGUGCGGAACAGGCGUUCAGUAUCGAGAUCGCAACUGCACAAAUUUCACAUGCGGUGGCUAUUGCACUGGACCAGAAACUGAAAGCCAACUUUGCAACACGAAUUGCUGUCCAGGUAAUGGGACAUGGACAGAUUGGUCUGACUGGUCAACGUGUCCGGUCACGUGUGGUACAGGUAUUCAAUCUAGACAUCGUAACUGCACUGAUUUUGAGUGCGGUGGCUACUGCAAUGGACCCAACUCUGAGACUCAAUUUUGCAAUACUGGCUGUUGCCCAGUAAAUGGAAAUUGGACAGAAUGGACAGAAUGGACAAACUGCUCGGUUGUUUGUGGAGGAGGAACUCAAAAUCGGUCAAGAGUUUGCCUUGGGCAUUCCUGUGGCGGUUAUUGUGAAGGACUAAACCAUGAAAGUAAGUCGUGCAAUGAAGAAUGCUGUCCAGUAAAUGGAACUUGGGCUGAUUGGGCUGACUGGUCAGCAUGCACCGUAACGUGUGGUGGAGGGACACAAGUAAGACAUCGCAAUUGCAUUGACUCAGAAUGUGGAGGUUCAUGUGACGGGACAGAUUUAGAUACCCGCAGCUGCUACACAGAUUGCUGCCUUGUAAAUGGAUCAUGGACAGAAUGGUCGAACUGGACAACAUGUACGGCAACAUGUGGUGGAGGAAUGCAAAACAGAACACGGCAAUGCACUGGUUUCUCUUGUGGUGGGUUCUGUGAUGGGGAGGAUGUCGAUGAGAGACAAUGUAACAAGGAAUGUUGCCCACAAGAUGGUGUGUGGACAGAAUGGAGUGAAUGGUCACAGUGCGUUAAUAUCCGUGGCCGUUACACACAAAACAGAACAAGAGACUGCAUUGACAUUUCGUGUGGUGGUCAGUAUUGUCGAGGUGCCUCAUCAGAAGAUCAAACAUGUGACCCACCUUAUUGUCUUGAAUUCCAACAAGCACUCAUAUAUGCAAGCCGUCAUUCCAUCUAUGCUCUCCCUCUGAUCUGCUUCAGUAAUACAACAUUAUCUCCUCUACUUGUUUACUCCAACAGCUCGGUUGACAUCACAUUUGUAGCAUAUGACCCUGUGACUCAGUAUUACUACUAUGCUGACCAGACGACUGAUUCUGUCUCACGAGUCAAGCAAACUGGUGUGGCUCAACUGAUCUACACUCAUGGCAGUGAGAUAACUGGCAUAGCUGUUGACGUAAUGGACAGGUCACUGUAUGUGAUAUCUGGUGAACGUAUUGUUUCUAUUGAUGUGGACAUUAGUAGGUCAGUGCGGAUCAUCAUUGAUCAAGGCUCUAGCACCAGUACUGCCGCAUUCAGUCAACUACACGGAAAACUGGCAGUUGCCCUUUCCAACAUCAUAGUACUCAUUUCAAGAAACAAAUACAUUAAUCGGUUAACAAUCACCGAUGACGAUGCAAUCCAACCUUUUGAUAUAGCCAUUGAUCAAGACAAUGACCAGUUUCUUGUUGCUGGAAAUGUUGGCGGUUCUGCAGUUGUUAAUGCCAUUGAUUAUGACGGUGCAACUAAGUCUACUCUGAACUUGCGCACAACCGUUGAAACCCAACUUGACAGAAUUGCUGUAGAUAGUCGUCAUUACUAUGUUCCCGUGACUAGAGGAAUAGCCGUAAUUCCUAAAGACACACUGGAACACGACACGGUGUACAACACAGAGAUUAACAAUAUAGUCGACAUGGUGACAUCAUUUUAUGCUCCACAGGGCAACGAGGGUUGUGGCAAAUGCCCAACGACUGAGGAGCUCGAACAGUUGAUUUGUGACAAUCAGCGCAACUAUGCUUUUGAAGGAAGACUGCUUGAUGUAGUCGAUGACUUGAGGACUGGUGCUGUUCACUACACAUUCCGUGUAAGACAUAUCCACAAAGAUAGCAAUGUGGCUGACAUGCUGGGAGUCAGUGUCGAGAGCAGCAAGGGAGAUAAUGACACGGUUGAUGUCUAUUCACCAACUCAUCAUUGCUGCAGUGAGCUACAUGUUGGGGUUCACUAUCUACUGAUUGGUCAGGCAGGUGUCAAUCGACUCCACCUGCGUAUCAAUGAUGUAGUAUUCGAUAUGAAUGAGUUAUCUUCUGGUGAAAUAACAAGAGCAUCCGCUCAAUGUGAGAAUGUAGUACUGGUACCUCAAGAAAACUCCUUUCAGUUAGGACUUAUUGAAAAGUCACUUGGAUUGGCAGACAACGACAUCAACAGUCCAUAAAUAGUAUGUCGUCUAACUGAGUAACAGACACAUGGGGAAACUUGAUAGUGAACAGAGUUUUAAUGUUUUUGCUAGAUUUUUUUCACUACACUGAAAUUGACUAGGUAAAAC